AUGCUGAGGAUCCUCUGCUCUCUCAUCGCUGCUCUCACCUAUGUGGAUGCAGUGAUUGUUUUGACCCAGACACCUGCUGUUCACACAGUUUCCACAGGACAAGAAGUUGUUCUCAACUGUAACAUUGAAAGGAAUGAUGGAUAUUAUGUCAGCUGGUACAAACAGAAGCCAAGUGGGGCUCCUCAGUAUAUUCUAUAUUUCUACCAUUCUUACAGCUCACCCACCUUUGGAACAGGGUUCUCCUCAGACCGAUUUAACGCGAAAGCUUCAUCUAGUGUAGAUUAUCAGCUCAUCAUUAAGCAGACAGAGGAAGGAGACUCUGCCGUGUAUUACUGUAGAGUAUGGGACAGCUCUGCUUCUGUUGCUGGUCUAUUCGGACAAGGAACCAAGCUGAUGGUAACAAGCUCCAGCCUCCGUCCUCCUGUCCUGACAGUCUUCCCUCCGUCCAGCGUUGAACUCCAGUCCAACAAAGCCACUCUGGUCUGUCUGUCCAGUCAGUCUGGGCCUUUUGCAGAUGUCACCUGGUCGGCUGCUGGGAGUCCAGUGAGCAGUGGGAUCUCCACCAGCACCGCUGUUCAGAAACCAGACCAGACUUUCCAAAUCAGCAGCUCUCUGGACAUCCAGACGUCAGACUGGAACAUGGAUAAGGUUUACACAUGUAAGGUGUCUAUGGAGUCCCAGACUGCAGAGAAAAAAAUUCAAAUUUCAAUUAAAUUCAUGGAUGUCUCACUUUGA